AGAAUUUUGAACAGUACUUGCAACUUAAUUAUACAAUAAUGUUUCAAUUUUGUAUACUUCUAAUUUCAUUGGCUGCGCCAAUUUUAGGGGCAUCCCUUGAAGGUAGAGUUGUAGGGGGAGUAGAUGCUAAUUUAGGAGAUGUUCCAUCAAUAAUUUCAUUAAGAAGUUAUGGUGGCAGUCAUAACUGUGGUGGAGUUUUAAUUUCUAAAGAUUACGUGUUAACAGCAGGACAUUGUGCUUCUUCAGCCCAAUCUAUACAAUAUGGUGUUGUGGACAUCGAUCCAAACGCAAAUGAUAAAACAGUAAUUGAUGUUGCAUCAAAAAUUAUUCACGAGAAUUAUUAUGGCAGUGAAAAUGACAUUGCAUUAUUAAAAUUGGCUGAACCAGCAGUAUUUGGUGGAAAUGUUCAACCAGCAGUUUUACCUGAACAAGAUGAACCUGCACCAGGAGGAAGCAACGUACUUUUAGCUGGAUGGGGAUACACUGCUAGUGGUGGAAUUUUACCUAAACGAUUACAAAAAGUAAACAUAACCAUUGUGGACAUUGAAGAAUGCAAAAAUAUACAUUACAACACUGUUUAUAAUAGUAAUUUGUGCGCUGGAGUUCCAGAAGGAUGGAAAGGACAAUGCAAUGGUGACUCUGGUGGUCCAUUGACUUUGAAUGGAAAAGUUGUUGGUUUGGUAUCAUGGUCAAUUAAACCAUGCACAACACCCCCAUAUCCAGGCGUUUACACGCGAGUUGCAAGUUUCAGAGAUUGGAUACGUAAAAAUUCAGGUGUAUAAAUUUUUUAAUUUAAAAUAAAUAAACUAUAAUAAGUAUAUGC